GGACACCAUGGACCUACUGAUGGUUCUUUUUUGCCUACUGCCUCUGUAUCCAGGCCUGGCAGCUGCAGCUCCCUCCUGCCCUCAGAACGUGAAUAUCUCUGGUGGCACUUUCACUCUCAGCCACGGCUGGAACCCUGGGAGUCUCCUCACCUACUCCUGCCCCCAGGGCUCUUACCCAUCCCCGGCAUCGCGGCUGUGCAAGAGCAACGGACAGUGGCAGACUCCAAGAUCCAGCCGGAUGAUCAAGGCGGUCUGCAAACCUGUUCGCUGUCCAGCCCCUGUUUCCUUUGAGCAUGGCAUGUACACCCCACGGCUGGGGUCCCACCCUGUGGGUGGCAACCUGAGCUUCGAGUGUGAGGAUGGCUUCACACUGCGGGGUUCGUCUGUGCGACAGUGUCGCCCCAACGGCCUGUGGGAUGGAGAGACGGCCGUGUGUGACAAUGGGGCUGGCCACUGCCCCAACCCGGGCAUUUCGCUGGGUGCAGUGCGGACGGGCUCCCGCUUCGGCCUUGGGGACAAGGUCAGCUACCGCUGCUCCUCAAAUUUGGUCCUGACAGGGUCUGUGGAGCGGGAAUGCCAGAGCAAUGGGGUCUGGAGUGGGACAGAGCCCAUCUGCCGCCAGCCCUACUCCUACGACUUCCCCGAGGACGUGGCCCCCGCCCUGGGCACCUCCUUGUCCCACAUGCUUGGAGCUACUAAUCCCACCCAGAAGAAGAAGGGAAGCCUGGGCCGUAAAAUCCAAAUCCAGCGCUCUGGUCACCUGAACCUCUACCUGCUCCUGGAUGCUUCUCAGAGCGUGUUGGAAGACAACUUUCUCACCUUCAGGGAUAGUGCCUCCCUCAUGGUGGACAGGAUCUUCAGCUUUGAGAUCAAUGUCAGUGUCGCCAUCAUCACCUUUGCCUCACAGCCCAAAAUCAUCAUGUCUGUCCUGCAUGACAACUCCCGGGAUGUGACCGAAGUGAUCAACAGUCUGGAUAAUGUCAAUUAUAAAGAUCAUGAAAAUGGAACUGGGACCAACACCUAUGAGGCCCUAAAUAGUGUCUAUAUCAUGAUGAAUAACCAAAUGCAGCGUCUUGGCAUGAAGACGAAGGCCUGGCAGGAAAUCCGGCAUGUCAUCAUCCUUCUGACAGAUGGAAAGUCCAACAUGGGUGGCUCUCCCAAGCCAGCUGUUGACAAUAUCAGAGAGAUCCUGAACAUCAACCAGAAGAGGAACGACUACCUGGAUAUCUAUGCCAUCGGGGUGGGUAAACUGGAUGUGGACUGGAGAGAACUGAAUGAGCUGGCGUCCAAGAAGGAUGGAGAGAGGCAUGCCUUCAUUCUGCAGGACACUCGGGCUCUGUACCAGGUCUUCGAGCACAUGCUGGAUGUCUCCAAGCUCACAGACACCAUCUGCGGGGUGGGAAACAUGUCAGCCAAUGCCUCCAACCAGGAGCGGACACCCUGGCAUGUCACUAUUAAGCCCAAGAGCCAGGAGACCUGCCGGGGGGCCCUCAUCUCUGACCAGUGGGUUCUGACAGCAGCUCACUGCUUCCGCAAUGCCCAGAACCACUCCCUGUGGAGGGUCAGUGUGGGGGAUCCUGACUCCCAGUGGGGCAAAGAAUUCCUUAUUGAGAAGGUGGUGAUUUCCCUGGGGUUUGAUGUCUUCGCCAAGAAGAACCAGGGAAUUCCGGAGUUCUAUGGCGAUGACAUUGCCCUGCUGAAGCUGGCCCAGAAAGUGAAGAUGUCCACCCAUGCUAGGCCCAUCUGCCUUCCCUGCACAGUGGAGGCCAAUCUGGCUCUGCGGAGACCCCAACGCAGCACCUGUCAGGACCACGAGACGGAACUUCUGAACAAACUGAGCGUUCCUGCUCAUUUUGUUGCCUUGAAUGGGAGCAAACUGAACAUUAACCUCAAGAUGGGGACAGAGUGGACAAGCUGUAUCCAGGUCAUCUCCCAAGACAAAACCACAUUCCCCAACUUGACAGAUGUCAGAGAGGUGGUGACAGAUCAGUUUCUAUGUAGUGGAUCCCAGGAGGAUGACAAUCCUUGCAAGGGAGAAUCUGGGGGAGCAGUUUUCCUUGAGCGAAGAUUCAGGUUUUUUCAGGUGGGCCUCGUGAGCUGGGGUCUUUACAAUCCCUGUGCCGGUGCCACCGACAAAAACUCCCGCAAAAAAGCCCCCCGUAGCAAGGUCCCACCGCCACGAGACUUCCACAUCAAUCUCUUCCGCCUGCAGCCCUGGCUGAGGCAGCACCUGAAGGACGUCCUGAACUUUUUACCCCUCUAGUCAUGGCCACUGGCCCCUUGGCUGUACUGCCAGAAUCUGCCAUCUCUCCUUUGUCCUACCUCUGAAUGUCCACCCUCAGAUCCUGUGACCCACCCUCACUCCUGGCUGAGUUAAACCUGGUCUUCAGGAUCCCAGAGGCAGCGCGUGCAAGCUGGGCAGUCCCCAGUGCUCCUGCCCGCGUGGCUGUUCCCGCUGCCCCCACCUCCCCUUCUCAGCCAGCCGGUGCUCAAACUCCACCCUUGGGUUACUUGAC